AUGAAUAACGGUUUAGCAGAUUCGUCGCUUGAAGUUCUCGAUUUUCCUGGUGUUUUAACUCGAAAUAAUUGUUACAAAUCGAAGCGAAUAGCAGUGGAUGAUAAAAAGUGCAGGAAUAAGCCUGCUAUUAUAUCAAAAAUCCAGGUGGUUGCUGGGGACCUACCUGUAACUCUAUCCCCAAGUGAUUCUAUGGUGAAAGGGUCAGAUACAUUUGAUACGGUGUCCGCGUCUCCCGAUGCGCAUGAUACUUCGAGCCCGGUGGUACAUGCGAUAAGUUUACAAUCCGGGCUUAAAGCGAUCCCAAGGAUGAUAAAUAAAAUGUGCUUUCAAGGCAAAGUAAUUGCUCGAUACCUAUCAAGAAAGGAAACAGCCCUCUCCACACGCGGCGGGGGUAAGUUCUGCAAUAUCUCGGUUAUCAGUGUCUAUGCUCCAACGCUGUCGGCAGAUGACCGUGAUAAAGACACGUUCUAUGCGGAACUUCAACUGCUAACAAAGUCUCUACCGAAACGUAACAUGAUCAUAAUCGGGGGAGGCUGGAAUGCUCGCGUAGGUAAUAAUGCAGCUGCGAUGACCUCAACAAUUGGCAAAUAUGGCAUCGAAGAUCGGUGUGCCAAUAGGGAACGUUAUGGCGAAGAGCAUGAACUUUUUGUUACUAGUGCUUACUUCCGGCAUCAUAGAAAACAUCUAGUCACGUGGAACUCCCAGGAUAACCAACACUUCAACUAG